AUGUCUAUAUUUCACAUCUUCCAAAUAAAAGCAUAGAUGUUGAGUAUGUUAUGGGUAUGGUAAGGAGUAUGGACCAAUUAAAUGAUUGUGAAAAGGAUCAAUGAAGCAUUGUGCACCUAAAGAAAUACAUCCUAGUAUCCUCUAAUCAAUAUAUACCAAAGUUUACAAACUUGUGUUAUAUCUAUACAUUAUACUUCUAUACCCAAACAAGAUGAAAAACAUUGAGAUAGGAGUCUCAAAGGAGGAAGAAAAAGAUCAAGCAUCUCUAUUCCAUGGAGACCUAUUAGAGAAAAUAUUUGCUCAUACUCCUCUUAUUGAUUUGGUUUGUGCAUCUUUUGUGUCCAAAACAUGGAAAUUUGCUGUUUUAUCUUCUUUAUCUAAUGUUAAUAAAGUUAAGCCUUGGCUUUUGGUUCACACAACCUCCCUAGCCAAGAAAAUUACAACCCAUGCCUUUGAUCCGCGAUCAAAUACAUGGGUUGAAAUAUGUCAUUUACCGUAUCCUAUAAAAAAGAUAUCGCCCAUUCAGUCAUUAGGAUCUACCCUCAUUUAUGAAUUUUCUUCCGAAGGGUUAUUCUUUUCGAUGGAUUCUUUAUAUCUUGUAUGGCAACAUAUCCCUCCGCCAAAGAAUGUAUGGCGAGUGGAUCCUAUUAUAGUCGUGGUGGGGCCCUAUGUUAUCGUAGCAGGCGGCAAUACGGGUUUUUGGGAUGAUUCCCUUACGGUUGAGAUGUAUGACAUGGAAGCAUCACAUUGGUUCACAUGUAAAUCCAUGCCUACUACUUUUAAAAACUCGUCGACUACCACAUGGCUUUCAGUUGCAUCCAACCAACAAAUGAUGUACGUAAUGGAAAAGGCAUCUGGUAUAACACACAUUUUUACCCCGAAGACUAAGACUUGGUCGGGGCCGUAUGAUUUACAGCCAGAUCCAAGUGCCUAUUUUUCAGUCAUUGGUUUUUCUGGCGAUGAUCUAAUUAUCGUCGGAUUACUGGGCAAUCCAGAGAGUGUAUUAACCCUUAAAAUUUGGAAAAUUGACUCCCAAGUUAUAGAGUUUGAUGAAAUUGGGGAGAUUCCAAUUGAAUUAUUGGAGAAAUUGAAAGGAGAGGAUUGUUAUUUCUUAUCUUCAAUUACAUUAUUAGCUACUAAAGAUUUCUUUUAUUUGUACAACACUUCAAAUCCAGCUGAGAUUAUAUUUUGUGAAAUUAAUGAAAAAAAAUGCAAAUGGGGGAGUGUAAAGAAUUUGGUGUUAAAUGAUGAAAGCAAAUUAGGAGAAAGAAUGGCAUUGAGCUGCAGUAGUGUAGGAAUAGCUAAUUUGCAAAAGGCAAUGAAUUCUAGAAAUCUCAAAUUUGUAGCAAAAUCUUAUGUUUGAAUGUGUAAUUUAAUACCGAGAUCUCAAAUUUAAAAGAUAAAAUAUUUAACCACUAGACUAUCACUUCACUCUCAGUAAAAGUUGUGUAUGUAUCGUGUAUUAGUAUGUAGUUAAUUCAAAUUUGUACAAAUAAUUAAACAUUUGUUGAUCUUGUUAUUGGUGUGUCAACAUCUAAUAGAAUAAUAUAUGUGUGAUUGAUGUUUGUGUUUA